AGUGUGCUCGUGUUUGCGUAAUAUACCACACUUUCUCAGCAGAACAAAUAUAGAAAAUCAAUUUAUUGAUGCUUAUAAAUUAGUUUCAUUAUUGGUAGAAAUUGUCACUCAUUCGCGAACAGUACAGUGGUUUAGUUGGAUCUGUGUGCUCCUGAUCUCUUUGAUACGUAGUGUAUGGGAUCGUGCCGCUGGUUUGGAGUCGUAUGUAGUCAAUGUGGGGCGAACGUGGGUACGGCAGCAUUAGCGACAUGACAUGGGUGUGAGCAUAGACUAUAGUACACGGCGUUCUCACCAUCGGCUCACAGCAGUACAGGAUACUCCCAGUACCUAAACAUCGACCAUGUUGCAGCAUCAAACUCGACAAAACUAGCAAACUAGUGAUAGAUGAUAGUUUAACUGCCUAAUAUAUUAUAUAUUAGUAAAAAGGUCUUUUUUAAACACUGGUGGAUUGUAUUUCAAAUUUGAACUUAAUUAAUUUGAAAUUGGUUAAACAACACAACAGCUGUGCUUACGUGAGACAUUAUCUUGGUUCUUUUCCAGAUCUUUGACGAACUAUGAUUAGCAUAUACAUACUGUGUUCGUGCUUGGUUCUCCUUCUAUCCCUCUCGUGUUCGGCGGAAUACUACAUCGGUGACGAUCUCGGAUACUCAGAUUCAGCCCUAGCCACCCUUCAAAAAGUAGAACGACGAAAUAUAAGGCCCAGACGAAAAUGCCAGUCCUGGCGGAGAAAGUGUGUGCCCUGGUCAUCAGAGGCUCGAACCAGCUGCUGUGGUGGUCUGGCCUGUAAAUGUAACCUCUGGAUGCAAAACUGCAAAUGCACCACAAAACUAUGGGGGUAAUGCCAUUGGACCACAGGCAACAACCUUCGCAGUAGUCAUGACAAUACGCGACCCUAAAGUCGUCUUGACAACCUAGUAAUCUGAAAGACGUGGAGGACUUGUCUUGAUGAGGGCCCUUUUCAGAACUAUUGUGGUGAAAAUAUGUGUCAAUGCCUUUUUUGUUUGUAUUCGUUCGGAAGAAUGACGGGUGUGUUUAAUAUUUAAACAUUCACUUGUAAAUUGUAUCGAUAAUAAAGAAUAUAUUGUAUAUAA